AUGGCAGCCUGGAAACCCGCGCUGGAUUCGCUUCACACCGCGUUCGACUCCGCACGUGAAAGGGUCACAGACGCUCCCGUUGACGGCGCUUGGGGGAGGGAGGAAGAGGACAGAAUGGGCGGAACCAAAUUCAACAUCGAUGAGUACCUUCUCGAGCUACAGUUGGUGAAGACGCGAAAGAAAGGGUACGCUAAACCCAGGAUCCCGAAGACCCGCUUCUGCAGAUAUUCCCAAGACCCUGUGACGGAUGACCUGAUCUGGAGGUCGGUAGUGCGAGGGGAAGCGAGCUCGGCGAAACGGAGGCAGGCGGACUACGGCAGUGCACAAUGUGUGGUUAAGUAUACCUAUUCCCCAUCGAGUGCCUCCUCCAGCAGAAGUUCCUCAGCUGAUCCUAGGAGGCCCGAAGGAUCAAGUCAGCAGUCCAGUAUCCAGGAAGGACCCCCCCUCCCUACCACCUCGGCAGAUGCUACUGGUGCCGCAACACAACAGCAGAGGGAAGAUAAGGACACCUAUAAUAGAAUUGUUCAACGUCAACUUUCAACAAGCGAAUGA